AUGAGUGUUGGCACAUACCGAUGGUUCCCGUCCGCGGGUCCUAACAAUCGACUACGUAUGGACAAACUACGCGCGCCGGUGGGUCGUUCAUCAAGCACAUCCCGGACGGCCACGAAGCGCGGUUCCGUAAUUCCACCAACUUCCGCUGACACCACCAGCAUCUUGUCCCCAUCGAGCACCUCGUUUGCGGUAUCGCUCGGCGGUCGGGCCAAGGAAGAACUCCGCCGAAAUUCGAUAGCCUACACUUCGCGUCUCAUGUCGGGGUCCGAUCUUACUUUGGCAGGAGCGGAAGCCUCGGCUCUUCUGGUAAGCUGUGGAUACUGGGACCAUGGCGUUCGCGUUCACGGUUUGGACAACAAUCUUAGAGUGUUGGCCACCGAGGCCGGUGGUCACCGUGGUCCCAUACUAUGCUUGGCCGUUGCUCAGGAUGAUGCACUCAUGGUGACGGGAGGUGAGGAUUGUACGUGUCGCGUAUGGGUGGUUGACCAUUCCGACCUGGCCGUGGCACUGUCUGACGGAUACGUACAAACCGCACUGGGAUCUGCCAAUACUGGCGAAAGUGUUUUAAGUUGCUGUCACGUCCUGUGGGGCCACGAAACGCCCAUCACUUGUGUGGCUUUAGAUUCUUCCCUAGACGUGGUGAUUUCGGGUAGUAGAGAAGGCAAGAUUUGCGUGCAUACGUUGCGUCGGGGUGAAUUCGUCCGUUUCUUCACGCCCCCCGUAUCCGGCGGCACCCCGCCGGCCAUCGCACGCGUGGCGCUGCACCCCACAGGAACCGUCGUGGUACACGCGCGGGACCAGAGUUUGCACGCCUUUAGCGUCAACGGCGUGCGAUUGGCGAGCGUCAACGCUGGCGAAGAACUGUACGACCUGCAAUUCUGUAACGAAUUUGUCGUGACGGGCGGGACGCGGGGUCAAGUGUGUGUGCGAUCUUUGAGCGACCUCCAAAUCCAAUCCGUGGUGGACUUGUCUCGGCACGGACCCGUACACUGUUUGGCUUUGACGAAUCCCGAACUCAACCCGAUUCCUCAAUUCCUUUUCGUUGGCAGUGCCGACGGAAUGUUAACCAUCGUGGACGUGGAUCCAACUCAAGAGCAACAACACGUAUCCGACGCAGUGGUGACUUUAUAA